UCAGGAUUUUGCAUUUGGUUCUGGAAAGCUCCACAUGUUGUUUCCUUUUACUAUCAUUUGUUUUUCCGGGGAAAAGGCAGUUACAUGUGAGUCACGUCUGAAGAAAGAAACUUUCUUGAAGAAAGGAUGGAGAAGUGACUUACAACCGCUGACACGCUGCCUCUGCUCGGUCUCACUGAAUCAAACCUCCCAGUGAUGCAGAUCUCUCUCCAGACCGGCGCUGCAGCACUCAGGGGCCCUCAACCGAUCCGGGCCAUCGUUAAUCCCAAGCGGGGAAUGGCGGAGCCGCCCCAGUCACACACGCCGCAGCCUCCCGGGAGCUGUAACUCAGCGGGGCCUGCAGGGAAAUCCUGUGGGAACUUGGACGUGAGGGUGGCGGUGCUGCUGGUGACUCUGGCAGGAGCUCUGAUCCUGCUGCUGCUGUACAAACUGCUGCAGCUGAGACACAGGCUGAGGGUGGCCCAGGCAAGGCAUGCCUUGGAGUACUACAGCUUCUUCCACAGCGCCACUUACACCCUCAAACACCCCACAGCUCUUCCGGACCCGCCCACCAAGAACGGGUCGCUCCCCGAAGCUGCCCCACCGGCCCCGAUCGCAGCCGCCACUGCAAAACCGACCACCCCGGAUCCACCCUCACAGUCCCACCCGCUGCCCCCGCUGCCGCUCCCCCCACCCCCCGUCCUGCCCCCUCCGACCCGCCACCCUCCACCCCCCCUCCCGCCGGCGCUGCCCGCCCCUCCAGUCCUGUCUCUACCUCUUCCGCUGCCGGCGAUCCACACCACCCCGCCCAGCCCCCACUUGUCGUGGGGCGCCUGCUCGGACGCUGACGUUUACUCUCGGAUCGGAGCGUUCCGGCCCUCCAGGCUCUCCAGCCUCUCCAGCCAGUCAACGGUCAUCCUGUUCGAGCACUCCUCGCUCUGAGGACGGACAUGGACAAAUGAUCUCCACAAGAGCUCUGUGAGAAUCAUCCGAGGAUAACUGGGGAUUUCAUGAAUUAACGAUAUUUCAGAUCAGGUGCAUCUCCUAGUUUCAUAGAUAUGUAGUGAAAGAAGUGAGCCGAUCACUGAAAUACAAGCACUCAUCUUCAAUCUUGUUCAUGUUUGAUGCUUCCUGUUUUCUGUGUUCUUCAAAUCUUUUGGAUGUGAUGAGCUUCUUAAAGCUUUAUAAUAAUCAAAGAUCAUCCUACAACUCAAAUAUUCUGGUCUGUCCACUUUAUGGCAUCAAAAAAGUGGCAAAAAUAGUUUUUUUUCUUUACAGACUCAUUCGGCAGGCACUUUAAUCCAGAGUGGUCUUCAUCUGAUAUAGUUUAUGAAGCAUUUUCUGUACUGGCAGGUUUCUGGUGGAAUCACUGCUUGUUUCACAACAUUUUCUUUCCUGAUUAGAUUAAUGCCAGCAGUUAGGAAAGAUUUGUGCUUUUAACUAACACUAGUGCCUUUAGAUAAUCUGAGGGCUUUCAUUACUUCAACCAACAGACAUCGAUCUAAAUGUCAACUUCAGGUUUUUGACCCCGUUUGAUUGACCAGUGCAUUAACUUUAAACUGAAACAAGGAAAUGAAGGUGAGCCCGAAAUAGACAACACCUUUAACUGCAGACAGAAACAAUUAGACAACAAAUGUUCACUGUGGGACUUCUGAGACAAGUGAUCAGGAUGAGAGGUCAGUCUCCUUUAUCUCUGACACACAGAGCGCUCAUUAGGGUUGUUUUGUUGCGUUUUUGUCAGCUAUUGUGGAAUAAAUGUGAGAAGUGAAACAUGUACGGUCAUUAUGAGGCCUCAGCUACUAUCAAAUGAAAGGAUGAGUGGAUGAAUGGAUGGAUGGAUGGAUGGUUUAUUAGCAAUCAGAGUUUAGCAGAUAGAAAAUACAAACCAGCAAAAAAUGUCCACUUUAAAUGACCAAGAAAAGGGAAAGACUGAGAGCGACAGCUUAUUCAUGCCUAUACUCUAAAACUCUCAAUUCUAUUCAAUAAUAUUCAACUCACAAACAAAACUCAAAAACAAUUAAAAAAUAACAACAGAGAUAGAAAGAUAUGAAGAAAUGAGAAUAAUGUAAGAAUAACAUAAUUGAUGAUAUUCCUUUAACUCAUCAUCAAUCUGGACUGUCGCCCUUAACUAUGUUGUAUUUGACACUUUUUUGAACGUUAAUGGCGAGCUACAACAUUUAACUUCAUCCUUGGGAGUUGAGAGUUGAUUAGUUCUUACUUUAUACAACAAAAACUAAACAGCCCUCUUGAAUUACAUUUGCCUUUUCUGAACUGUAAAAAUACUAACUGAAUGCAAACAAGAAGCUUUUCAUUCUGAACCUGAUAUAAUAUUUAAUGUUUCAUUUAAAUCCGCACUGUCUGAACAUUUUAAAGUGCAGGAUCGUAUCAGUAAUGGAUUUAUAGAAUAAAAAUAACCAGCGUUGUUUAUCAAUCAAGCAACUCUUUUCUGUAGUUUGAUUGGAGAUAAGAAGUUUUAUACACAUUUUCCCUGAUCUCAUUAGAGUAAAACAUGUCCAUUGGAGGAUUUUACACUGCUACAUGCUAGAUGCUACAUGCUACAUUCCCGCGAUGCUACAUGUAUGACUGAUACAUGACGACAGUGUAGAUAGACGCUACACACACCUCCUUAUGUGCACCGUGGAGAAGUCGUGCACUGGAGCCUUGUCGGCCAUCGGCGGUGUGUGGAGCAUUGACACAGGCUGAGCGGAGGUGGUUCAGGGAAACACACAGCCUUCACGUCGUUUACACAUGGAAUAUAAAUUACAGUUAAGUAUUUGUAUCAGUACUCGCUUUUAGCAAGUGGCUAAAGGUUAGUACCCGUACUCUAAAAAGUGCUAUCAGUGCAACCUAAAAAUAUAGAAGUGAAAAACAGAGAAUAUGCUAUCUUUUCCUUCUUGACAGAUCAAUAGGUUUAUACAAAACAGCAACAGUUUUUGAUCAGUUUUUCUGAAUGUACUCUAUGUGUGGAAUUAUU